GGCCCACCGCUUAUGUAAGCAGCGACCACCUCAGACUCUCGUCUUGUCUACGAAUGCGCAGGCGCAGCAACGCCUUCUCGUGUUUCUUCUUUUGCAAGGAAGUGCUCCCUGCUUCAGAGAUUAUGACGGCCCCUCCCCGCGAGUAAUGCGCGUGCGCUCCUUAAUUCCGGCCUCUGCUUUCGGUAGCCAAGAGGCUGGGAAAAAAGGACCGGAGGCAGAAAGAGGGCGUUUGCGCAUGCGUCCCAGAACUGCCUCCUCGUAGUCCUUAUACCCGACCUUGUAAACGGGUAACGGUGGGAUGGGGCACGAAGAGGGGUACGUCUGAAGUCAAGGCGCAUCCGCGCUUAGAACAGUCGUCCCGCGAGCGACGGGGUUCCCCUCUCAGGCAACAUGGACAGGUAACAGGAUAUUGCUUUGCUGUGGGGUCAGAGAGUAAGAAUGACUGAGUGCUUUCUGCCUCCCACCAGCAGCCCCAGUGAGCACCGCAGGGUGGAGCAUAGUGGGAGUCUUGCCCGAACCCCAAGUUCUGAAGAAAUCAGCCCAACAAAAUUCCCAGGCUUAUAUCGAACUGGUGAACCUUCACCACCUCAUGACAGCCUGCACGAACCUCCAGAUAUUAUAUCUGAUGAUGAAAAAGAUCAUGGGAAGAAAAAAGGAAAAUUUAAGAAGAAAGAGAAAAGAACGGAAGGGUAUGCGGCCUUUCAGGAAGACAGCUCUGGAGACGAAGCUGAAAGUCCAUCCAAGUUAAAGCGCUCCAAGGGGAUCCAUGUCUUCAAGAAACCAAGCUUCUCCAAAAAGAAGGAAAAGGAUUUUAAGAUAAAAGAAAAACCCAAAGAUGAAAAGCACAAGGAGGAUAAGCAUAAAGAGAAAAAAUCAAAAGAUUUAACAGCAGCAGAUGUUGUCAAACAGUGGAAAGAGAAGAAGAAAAAGAAAAAGCCAAGUCAGGAGGUGGAGUUACCCCAAGUGGAUGUUCCCAGGUAUCGACCUGUGUUUGGCAUCCCUCUGGCAGAUGCAGCAGAAAGGACCAUGUUAUAUGAUGGCAUUCGCCUGCCUGCAGUUUUCCGGGAAUGUAUAGAUUACGUAGAAAAAUAUGGCAUGAAAUGUGAAGGCAUCUACAGAGUUUCAGGAAUUAAAUCAAAAGUGGAUGAGCUAAAAGCAGCCUAUGAUCGUGAAGAAUCUCCAAACUUAGAGGAAUAUGAGCCCAACACUGUAGCCAGCUUGUUGAAGCAGUACCUGCGAGAACUGCCUGAAAAUUUGCUUACCAAAGAGCUUAUGCCACGUUUUGAAGAUGCCUGCGGGAAGAGCAUAGAGGCUGAGAAAGUGCAAGAAUGCCAGCGCCUCCUGAAAGAGCUGCCAGAGUACAACCAGCUGAUGAUUUCCUGGCUGGUUGUGCACAUGGACCACGUCAUUGCAAAAGAACUGGAAACAAAAAUGAACAUCCAGAACAUUUCCAUAGUGCUCAGCCCUACUGUUCAGAUCAGCAACCGUGUCCUGUAUGUUUUUUUUACUCACGUUCAAGAGUUCUUUGGAAAUGUGACUCUGAAGCCGGUGACAAAGCCUCUUCGUUGGUCUAACAUGGCAACAAUGCCAGCAUUGCCAGAAACCCAAGAAAGCAUCAAAGAAGAAAUUAGACGCCAAGAAUUCCUUUUGAACUGUUUACACCGAGACCUGCAAGUGGGGAUCAAAGAUUUAUCCAAAGAGGAGCGAUUAUGGGAGGUGCAAAGAAUUUUGACUGCUCUCAAAAGGAAGCUAAGGGAAGCUAAGAGACAAGAGUGUGAGACAAAGAUUGCCCGGGAGAUUGCCAGCCUUUCAAAGGAGGAUGUGUCCAAAGAGGAAAUGAAUGAGAAUGAAGAAGUUAUUAAUAUUCUGCUUGCUCAGGAGAAUGAGAUUUUGACAGAACAAGAAGAAUUACUGGCAAUGGAGCAGUUUUUGCGCAGACAAAUAGCCUCUGAAAAGGAGGAGAUAGAUCGCCUCAGGGCAGAAAUAGCAGAAAUUCAAAGCCGCCAGCAUGGUCGAAGCGAAACCGAGGAAUAUUCUUCUGAAAGUGAGAGUGAAAGUGAAGAUGAGGAAGAGCUACAGAUAAUCUUGGAAGACUUGCAAAGACAGAAUGAAGAGCUAGAGAUUAAGAACAAUCAUCUGAACCAAGCAAUUCAUGAAGAGCGGGAAGCCAUCAUUGAGUUGCGAGUGCAGCUUCGGCUUUUGCAGAUGCAGCGAGCAAAAUCAGAGCAGCAGGUGCAGGAAGAAGAAGAGUUUGAGAAACGGGGAAGCACAUUGCAGCAGCCACUGCCAAGAGACUCUGUCCCCUCAGAGACAAAAGCAGCAAAAGAACAGCCAAAGGCAACCAAGGAGCCCGUGAAGCCAUCGCCAAGCAAAGACAGAAAGGAAACGCCAAUUUAAUUGGAUUCCUCAGGUAUUCAGAAUAUCCCCUGGGUAAAGCCAGGACUGUGCAACUUACUGUAAAUCUGAGGUGUGUAUAUUCUGUAAAUAAUCUUCUUUUACACUAUGGAGACAUUUUGUCUUCUUCCUACCUGUGGCUUCUGCCUAUCAGGCUCAGGUUACUUGGAAGGAUAAAGCAAUUUUAGGUGGGUCAUGAGGAGAGGGGGAAGGGGUGCAGCACAGCAGUUACUUGGCCAUGUCAUAAAUUGGGUUUCAGGUGACCUUAAAGGUCUCAGUGGAAGUAACAGUAGGUUACUCACUCUGGAACAGUCCCAGAAAUUCUCUUGUGCAUUAUCAGCCUGAGGCCUACUUCAUCCCAAACAUCUUGCUUCUGGGGGGAAACCUCUGUACAUGCCAUGUGUAGAUCAUAUGAGCGUCUUUUUGGCUGCAUGCACACACAUUGGGAAGACUCUAUUGGAAGCGGCAAAAUAGAUACAGUUGGGCAGAAAUCCAUUGUAACAGAGGUCUUGCUUCCCCCGUGCCUGUAUAGGUAAAAAGGUUACAUGUGAAGUGGUCCUUCGGCACUGGGGUUUGGAAAUGCAACUCAUAACCAUAAAUUUACUUGCCUUGUGAAUUUCUUUGCUCUCUCUCUCUCACAAAUUCUGCUUUUAUUCACUCUUGUGUGUGCCUUUGGUACCGAUUAUAUACAAAGGAGCUUUAAAAGUAGAUAGGUCUGAGCAACUGAAAAGUUCUUCAAGUGGAAAACAUUAGUGUUAUAUAACAUGUUCCCCUUCUUGUCUAACAUUCUUAAAACUAGAGUGAAGAUGCAUGUAAAAGCAUGCAUAUGAGAAUGAGUAUGUCCCCAUUUAAAAAAAAAACAAAGAGCUGUUAAACCUCAACAAUGCACUUACUAAUAGCUUAACUAGGGAAAGAAACAUAAUUCUACUGGGUCUGUAUUUUCACUGCCAAGUGUAUAGCAAACAGCCUCUUAAUGCAGACUUAAAGUUUGAUUUUGAAGUUGAUUCCUAUGAUACUUAAAGCCCUGUGGAUAAGGAUUUGGUGACUAAAGAAAGUGGACCCAUAUUUCUUGCUUUGGGAAGACUUUGUUUCCAUGAACAGGUAAUAUAUUUCUCAAAAAGUUAAAGCUACCCAUGAGCUCUGCAGGUGCUGGACAGAGGAUUCCUGUUGGGACGUGAUCCAUUGUUCAUAUGAGUGUAAAGGUGACUAAGCAGAGGCUCUUGUCACACACAUUGAACUCCUCCUCCUCUGCCACGUGGUCUGUCCUUUUCAACAGAGAGUGCAAUAUGAUGUGCAGAUCCCUUUGUAUGCACCAGGAUGGUGAGACAGGCUAUGUAUGCAUCUGUAAGUGUAUGCAAGGCUCCCCCCCCCAUAUGGUGACAGGAUCCCUGUUGCUGCCUCUUCCCCCUCCUCCCCAAUUCUGUAGUACAGUGCAGAGCAACCUUUUGCCUGCAUAGGUGUGAUGAGAUGGGUUCAACAACAGCCUUCUGUGUGAUUCUUCAGUGUUGCCAGCAAUUCAUUGUCAGGGUCCUCUUCGUCUUUCCACAGCACCCAUAUUUUUAAUGCCCAGUUUUAUUGAGUUAGAUCUCUCAUAUCAAUAAUACUUAAUGGAACUUUGCAGGGUGUUUAUCAGAUUUUUGUUUCUAGUCUGCAUAUUUAUUUUUCAGUGUGGUUGUUGUCUUUGCCUAUUGCACUGUUGUGAAUCAUUGGCCAUGAUUUAAUUUUUUGUACAAAUGAUGUUUUGAGAUAUGUUACAGAGUACAGCAUAUUUUUUUAAACCUUGAAGAAAAAUGUAUAUGGGGAGUAGCUGGAUGAUGGCUGUGUGUGCAUCAAGCAUUUGCCCUAGCCUGUUACAUACAUUUUAUAUUUGCUGGCAGUAUUUAAACUUUUUUUGUUUCCAUUCACACUAAUUUCUAUUAAGCUGUCAAACUUUUAUAUAAUCAAUGUUCAUCAAACCAAUCUCUUGCUAUUGGUUAACUUCUGUUUUGUCAAGAACAUGUUAAUCAAGUAAAUGAAUUCAACAGCCA